GGCCGGCCCGCUAGCGCUGUGGGGCUGCCGGGCUGCUCGGGCUGCGCGGCGUGAGCAGGCGUCUCCGCCUCUUUCCUCCGCUGCCCCUCCUCGCCGCCGCCGCCGCCGCCGCCGCUCUUCCUCCUCCGACUCCCCCGCCCCGCCGACACCCGGCUCCGGCUCGGGCCGCGCCGCGCUCCGCGGCCGCCACCUGGGGAUCCCGAGCGAGGGGCGGUUAUCCUUGCCAGAAGGAACCAUGAAUUGGCAUUUUCCCUUCUUCCUCGUGGCCACCGUGACAUUGCCCUUUGUGUGCUCCCAGUUCAACCCCCUGUCUCUGGAGGAACUAGGCUCGGACACAGGAAUCCAGGUGUUCAAUCAGAUUGUCAAGUCCCGGCCUCAUGACAACAUCGUCGUUUCCCCCCACGGGAUUGCGUCCGUCCUGGGGAUGCUUCAGCUGGGAGCCGACGGCAGGACCAAGAAGCAGCUCACCACGGUGAUGAGAUACGGCGUGAAUGGAGUUGGUAAAGUGUUAAAGAAGAUCAACAAGGCCAUCGUCUCCAAGAAGAAUAAAGACAUUGUGACGGUGGCCAAUGCCGUGUUUGUGAAGAAUGGCUUUAAGAUGGAAGUGCCUUUCGUCACGAGGAACAAAGACGUGUUUCAGUGUGAAGUCCGGAACGCGAACUUCGAAGACCCCACCUCCGCCUGUGAUUCCAUCAACGUGUGGGUUAGGAACGAGACCAGGGGUAUGAUCGACAAUCUGCUGUCCCCGGAUCUCCUCGACGGUGUCCUCACCAGACUGGUCCUGGUCAAUGCAGUGUAUUUUAAGGGUUUAUGGAAAUCACGGUUUCAGCCUGAGAACACAAAGAAGCGCACGUUUGUGGCAGCUGAUGGGAAGUCCUACCAAGUGCCGAUGCUGGCCCAGCUCUCCGUGUUCCGGUGCGGGUCUACAAGCACCCCCAGUGACUUAUGGUACAACUUCAUCGAGUUGCCCUACCACGGGGAGAGCAUCAGCAUGCUGAUCGCGCUGCCGACAGAGAGCUCCACCCCACUCUCGGCCAUCAUCCCGCACAUCAGCACCAAGACCAUAGACAGCUGGAUGAGCACCAUGGUGCCCAAGAGGGUGCAGGUCAUCCUGCCCAAGUUCACAGCUGUAGCACAAACAGAUUUGAAGGAGCCGCUGAAGGUCCUUGGCAUCACCGAUAUGUUUGAUCCAUCAAAGGCAAAUUUUGCAAAAAUAACAAGGUCAGAAAACCUUCAUGUUUCUCACAUCUUGCAAAAAGCGAAAAUCGAAGUCAGUGAAGAUGGAACCAAAGCUUCAGCAGCAACAAGUAAGUAUGCCCUGGGUCAGCAAGUAAGUAAGGCCUGGGCAGGACUGGUCCUGGUGAAGCGAGCAAGUGUACCCUGGUCCACUCAUCAACUAAUGUGUCCUGAGCCCUAUUUCUAGCCAGGCACUGUGGAC